AUGUUGUACAAGUCCCUCGUCUCUCUAAGCCUUGCUUCUGUGGCUCUCGCCCAUGGCGACCAUAGCCAUGACCAAGAGCCCAUGUCAGGUCCUCACCAAGGUCUCUGGUACAACACCCUCCCCGGAGAUGGCGGUACUCAGGUAAAUAUCUCAACUCCGAUGGUAGCAAAUCAAAUUAAUAAAGUCAAGGCCGACUCCGUCUUCUCCGGCAUCAGCACCUUCGGCCGUCUUCCAUAUCAGCCAUGCUUGAAGGCAAACAGCAUCAAGUAUGACAUUGCUUUUAUCGGUGCUCCCUUCGAUACAGGUACUUCCUACAGGCCUGGUGCUCGCUUCGGACCUUCUGGUAUCCGACAGGGCUCUCGACGACUCAACCUUUAUGGAGGUUACAAUGUACCUCUGGCUACCAACCCUUUCAACAGCUGGGCCACAGUUCUCGACUGUGGUGAUAUCCCAGUCACCUCAUACGAUAACCAGUGGGCACUUCGACAGAUCGAGGAGGGUCACUACAACAUCCUCUCUCGUCCACCAGCCACAGAUGCAGACAAGUCUGGCCCAGCUCUGAAGAGCCGGACCCUUCCUAGAGUCAUCACCCUUGGCGGUGACCAUACCAUUACUCUCCCUCUCCUUCGCUCCAUCAACCGUGCCUAUGGCCCCGUGACAGUGAUUCACUUCGAUAGUCAUCUGGACACCUGGAAGCCCAAGGUCUUUGGUGGCUCUCCAUCAGAGGUCGCUGCUAUCAACCACGGCACAUACUUCUACCAUGCAGCUAUGGAAGGCCUUCUCCGCAAUGAUACCAACAUCCAUGCUGGUAUCAGAACUACUCUGAGUGGUCCUAGCGACUACGAUAACGAUGGAUACUGUGGCUUCGAGAUCGUAGAGGCUCGAGAGAUCGAUACCAUUGGUACCGAUGGUAUCAUUGAGAAAAUUCUCAAGCGCGUCGGCACCGAUCGCCCUGUUUACCUUUCUAUAGACAUCGACACUCUUGAUCCGGCUUUCGCCCCUGCUACCGGUACUCCUGAGACUGGAGGUUGGUCAACUCGAGAGCUUCGAACUAUUAUCCGAGGAUUGGAAAGCUUGAACCUCAUUGCUGCAGACAUUGUCGAGGUUGCCCCUGCCUACGACACUAAUGCUGAGCACACUACCAUGGCAGCCGCUGAUGUUCUAUACGAGGUCAUGUCUAUCAUGGUCAAGAAGGGACCUCUCAGCCGCAUGGUUGAGGGUAAGAAAGAAGAAGAGCUGUAA